AUGGCAACGCAAAGCGCCGCCGCCAGUGGCGGCAAGGCGGGACAGAAGCCGGGCAAGAGGGAGAUUAAGAUAUUGAUGCUUCACGGUGAGGAGAUAUUUCCGGCCUCUCUUUCCCAGGAAGAUGAAUCCCAAUGCCGCUACACACCUUCAGACAGAGCACUCACAUCUCACCCCCUCCCUCGACUCACCCACUCACUCAUUUAUCCCCAUCCCCAUGCCCAUCACCGACAACUAACACACCCCUUGUCGCCAGGCUACACCCAGUCAGGCCCCCUCUUCCGCGCAAAGACCCGCGCCCUGGACAAACUCAUCCAAAAGGCCCUCGCGCCAGCGAACCUCACCGCCACGCUCGUCUACCCCACGGCGCCCAACCGCCUGCGCCCGCAGGACAUCCCGGGCUACCAGCCGCCCGAGGGCGACGACGCAGGACAACCGGGGGACGGCGACGACGACGACGAGUACGACUCGUGGGCCUGGUUCCGCCGCGACGACGCGACGGGCACGUACCGCCUGCUGCCGGAGGGCAUGCGCCGCAUCGCGCAGGCCAUCCGCGACGACUGCGGCGGCCGCGCCGACGGCGUAGUAGGCUUCAGCCAGGGCGGCGCCGUGGCCGCCAUGCUCGCCGCGGCGCUGGAGCCGGACCGCGCCGUGCCCCCCCCUCCCGCCGGCUCCGACGCGGCGGCGGAGGACGGCCCCGCCGCCUGGGCCGACGAGCUGCGCGCCGCCAACGGCGGCCGGCCCCUCCGCUUCGCCGUCUCGUACAGCGGGUUCUGGGCGCCGCCGGCGGAGCUGGCCUGGCUGUACGAGCCCCCCGUCGCCACGCCGACGCUGCACGUGCUCGGCGGGCUCGACACCGUCGUCGACGAGAGCCGGAGCCGGGCGCUCGUCGACCGGUGCGAGGACCCCGUCGUCGUCGUGCACCCCGGCGGCCACUACGUGCCCGUCUCCAGGGAGUGGGCCAUGCCGCUCAUCGGCUUCAUCCACAAGCACGCCAAAGACGACGAGGCGCAGAGGGCGCAGAUAUGA